AUGCUACUUACAGAAUUAAACCGAGAGUGUCUGCUUCACAUUUUCUCCUUCUUAGACAAGGAGAGCAGGAAAGCUUUGUCGAGAACUUGCCAAGUGCUCUAUGAGGUCUUUCACGAUCCAGCUCUAUGGUCUCUACUGUCCUUCUGUUCUCCAUCUGAACUGAAGAGGGAUAACUUCCUGCUGAGCCCCGCGUUACGCUCGCUGUCCAUCUGCUGGCAUUCAAGUCGGGUGAAAAUCUGUAACAUUGAGUACUGGAAGAAGAGCAGUUUCCAGCGAGACAUCUGCAGCCAGCAUCAAUAUCUUGUCACCAACUUCUUAACUGAAACAACGAACAGUUGUCCAAACUUGCAAUCAGUGAUACUUUCUGGAUGUGGGCACCUCUCUGAUGGUGACAUUAUACAAAUCCUACAGAAAUGCUCCAAACUGAAUACCCUGAAACUGGAAAACUGUGCAAGAUUGACUGAUGAAACACUGGAAGCUGUGACUGUUUAUGGGAACAGCUUAACCUGCUUUCAUGUUGAUUUCUGUCGGAAUAUCACGCAGGAGGGGAUUAACCUGGUCCUGAGGAAAUGUCCUUCCCUGUCCUUCAGUGCAGAGCAGAGUGCAAAGAUGGUUCCAGAUCAGCCAAACAAAUGUGAUUACCCCGUGAGAAGAAUGAAGAAACAGUUUCAGUGGUCCUUGGAGCAACCAUAUUGCUAAAGGUCAGUCUGAAUUUCGAGCAAAAAAACAAAACCACUCAAGCCCAAUGCUUCCUUCUUUGUUGACAGUAUGGGAAACUCCCAAUGACCUUUGACUUCACAUCUGUCUAUUCCAUUGGAAUGGUUUUUGCAAACUCACUGUUAGCCAGGUAUAUCACCAAACCCACCUCAUGAAGUCAAUCAAACAUUUCUGCAAGUUGCUCCUCCA